CUUCAUCUCACACCACACCAACUCACUCACACACCAUGGACUCACCAUCACCACAAUCGGAGGGCCAGGACCAGCCCAUCGUUGGAUCCCCUUCCGACUUCCUCAAGAACAUUGUCGGCAAGAAGGUCAAGGUUCGCAUCGGAAACGGCAUCGACUACCACGGCCUCCUGACCUGCCUUGACGGCUACAUGAACGUCGCGCUCGAGGACACGGAGGAGUGGGUCGCUGGCCGCUUGACCAACCGCUACGGCGACACCUUCCUUCGCGGCAACAAUGUUCUCUACAUCUCCGCCCUCGAGGACUUGUAACGAGGAUGUCGUGACAAUGGCAUCGACGAGGGACAGAAGAGUCGAGGCGUAAUGAGCCGCAGCGGCCAUCGAUAGAGGCUUGGCGGCGGAAGAAGCUCCAGGGUCAUCUCAUAGCAGGCGAGAGAAGCUCACCACAUGUAUAACAUUGCAUCGAA